CAUAAAUAAUACCCCAAAAUUUUACCCACAUCCAACCGGGCCUAAAGGAAGAAGAGGACUCUUCUUCUUUCGCUAAAUAGUAAACUGGUCCACUUCCUCAUCAUCUGCAUCUCUCCCAAUCUUCUGUCAUGGAAGCAAUGCUGAGGUCUCUCUUCAUCUUCGUUUCAGUCUCUCUCUUCGUAACCCACAUUUCAGUGGAGGUAUCUGCUACAACAAUCACGCUUUACAAUAAGUGUACCCACCCAGUCUGGCCCGGAAUCCAACCCGGCGCCGGCCAGCCGAUCGUGGCCCGCGGUGGCUUCAAGCUCCUGCCCAGCAAAUCCUACUCCCUCAAACUCCCCGCCGACUGGUCAGGCCGGAUCUGGGGCCGCCACGGCUGCUCCUUCGACGCCUCAGGCCGCGGACGCUGCGCAACCGGCGACUGCGGCGGCUCCCUCUUCUGCAACGGCCUCGGCGGCGCCCCACCGGCAACCCUGGCCGAGAUCACGCUCGGCCACGAGCAGGACUUUUACGAUGUGAGCCUCGUGGACGGCUACAACCUCGCAAUCGCCAUUACGCCGUUCAAGGGCUCCGGCAAGUGCAGCCCUGCGGGGUGCGUCAGCGAUCUCAACAUGAUGUGCCCGGUGGGGCUUCAGGUGAGGUCCCACGACAAGCGGCGCGUGGUUGCGUGUAAAAGCGCGUGCUUUGCUUUCAACUCCCCCAGAUAUUGUUGUACGGGCAGGUUCGGGAGUCCGCAGUCGUGUAAGCCGACGGCAUACUCGAGGAUAUUCAAGGCGGCGUGCCCUAGGGCUUACUCUUACGCUUAUGACGAUCCCACUAGCAUUGCCACUUGCACUGGUGGCAACUAUUUGGUAACCUUUUGCGCACACCACUAGAGGAGCAUAGUAGUAGCAAUUCAGUAGUGAUGGCUCCUACUAAAGCCAAUUUGUUGUUACCGGAGUAUUAUUAAUUAUAUUUACGUAUUAUUAUUAGUACUGCUAGUUACUCCUACCUACUGUACUUUGUUUUAUUCGGGAUAAUAAUCAUGUUCUAGUUUAUAGUUGCUUUAUUAAAUUUCAAGAUUAUCAGAUCGAGGCGGAGGAGGAGGGGGAAUGUUGUUUGCUCAACUUCUUCUAUAAACAUGUGUUUUUCUUCUCCUUCUAGUAUAUCUGCCAUGUAAUGUUGUGUGAAUUUGAAGUGAGUUUGGAUUAAUAUCUGUUGUUUUUUCUCCAAA